AUGUCGUUUCCGGAUAGGCGACAUAAGCUCACCUUCUGCGGAGCACAUGGUUGUAAUCUAUUCGCCAGCGCUUCUGCAUGCUUACGACAGAGUGCCAAUCCUGGUGCUUCCACUCCUCAAAAUUCCGAAUCCUCCACCAUAUCGUGGUCAAUGCUGCAAAAACAAAGCCCACUAAUCUGGCGGCGCUAG